AUGUCAUCCCUCUCACAACCAGCCACCACCACAAGCUGCAUAUCCAAACGAAGACGCUUCCAACCACCUAUUACCUCUUUCUUCUCAGCAGCUACAACGACCACUUCUGAUCCCGGAUCGGGUUCUUCCUUAUCACAUCACCACUACUCAGCCGUCACCUCUUCCCCAUUACCUGUCGUUUCGGAAAAGAUUCAAUCCUCCCUCCUUACCGUCGGCAUGAGAGUCCGCAAGUCAGUCGCGGAGGGAUACAAAACGACAGCCUCAAUCGGGAAAAUGAACGAGAAGAAUGCCUUUAUCAGCAGCAAUUACGGUCACAGCAGGGGGAACAACAUCGUUUCGCAACAUGCAGAACUUGCCCCGUUUUGCGGCACUCAUCAUGUUACCGUCGAUCCAUAUUCAAUGACCCACUUGUCGUCGUUGGCUGAUCAGGAUCGGGGACAAUUCGUCGUCAUAGAUGAAGGAGAUGCCUUCUCUCUUCCCUCUAGUAGUCAGGGUUCGAUAGAGGCUGAUUCAUCGUUUAUGAAUGGGCACAAACCUCACGCACAUGGCAGCCAUAAGCGGUCAUUUGAUUCAGAUCUCGACGAUGGCGCAGACUGUGACUAUGACUAUAAUGGCGUUCUAGCUUCUUCCUCUUCUGGCGUUGGAAGGACUAUUCUACAUCCUACUCUACACCAGCAGAAACGGAGAUUCUUCGAAUUCAACAGCCAACGACAACCUGCAACAACACGGGAUAACGUGAAUAUGGACGUUGACUUUGAGGAACCAUCCUUUCUGCGAAGAAGAGAAGAGGUUGAUGAUGACUAUGCUGCUAGAUUCGGAUGUGAAAUUGGGAUGCAUGAUGCUUGA